GUGUUCAGAGGAAGUGUUGACAAUAGCCGCCAUGCUGUCGGUGAACAACUCUAUUUUCUACCGGCCCAAAGACAAGAUGGUGCACGCCGACAACGCCAGGAUGAACUUUGUGGUGCCAGGCGGAGACCACCUGGUGCUGCUCAACGUCUACACACAGUGGGUGGAGAGUGGCUUCUCCACUCAGUGGUGCUACGAGAACUUCAUCCAGUUCCGCUCCAUGAGACGAGCCCGGGAUGUCAGGGAGCAGCUGGAGGGCCUGAUGGAUCGCAUUGAGGUGGAGGUGGUCACCUCCCAGGAGGACAGUGUGCCCAUUCGCAAGGCGGUGACGGCAGGAUAUUUUUACCACACGGCACGACUGAGCAAAGGCGGCUACAAGACGGUGAAGCACCAGCAGACGGUCUACACACACCCCAACAGCUCUCUGUUCGAGGAGCAGCCCCGCUGGCUCAUCUACCACGAGCUGGUCUUCACCACCAAGGAGUUCAUGAGACAGGUGAUCGAGAUAGACAGCAGCUGGCUGCUUGAAGUCGCUCCCCACUACUACAAGAGCAAAGAGCUGGAGGACAGCAGCAGCAAGAAGAUGCCCCGUAAGCAGGGGAAAACAAAAGAGGAGCUGGGCUGAAGAGGAGACCAGGACUCAGGGGACAGACGGCAAGAAAUGAGAAGCCCAGGGGCACAUUCCCUCCGUCUCACACGGCAGCGUAAAAACAGGAAAAUGACUUUGAAAUGCAUAAAAAUAAAGAGGAAAGGCUGGAAAAUGUAGUUGUGUGCAGCCAGUUCUGAACAUGAGCUGCUCCGUGUCUCUACAAAUGAUUUCCUGCUGUAGCUCACUAUGGCAGAUUCUGACAGAGCUGGCUCACUGACAGCGUUCAGCCCAGGACACACGGAGAGACCAAGUGAGAAGUGGGUCACAAACUCAGCGACGGGUUUAAUCAUAAACUUUCUGCGUCAGCACGUGGAUGUGAUCUUCCCGUGGCGGCUGCAGUGCCGACUCACCGUGGACUCAUUAACAAACAUGACGCUUUGUUUUUAGCUGCUCGCCAUUUGUUGACUGUUCAAAUUUACGUACGGACUGCUACUGCGACGUCUCCACCAACUCAAACCGACUAAUAUCCAAAUGAUGAGUUUCACCCUCGUGUGACGCUCCUUAUCUUGUUUAUUUUCAUUUUUCUAGAGCAAAUAAAGUUUGUUUUUGUCCUGCUCAC